AUGAGGAAGAAAUUUAUUCAGAACACAAGAAUGAAGAAAUUUAUCUAGAACAUAAAAACAAGGAAGAAAUUUAUACCGAAGGUUCGAAAAAAUCAAAACAAAAAAGAGAAGCUAAAGAAGAAAUUAAUUCUAUUGAUUACAGAAGACACGAAAUGAAGUUUUUGUUCUCUGAAUAUUAUCAUGUCUUUGGCAAAUCAAAUCCUUUAAGCCAAUAUGAUUGUUCUUGUGUUGGCCGUAUUUUGAAACCAAAGAAGAAAAUUCAGUUGAAGCAUGUUAAAAAGGUUAUUAAAGAUGAUCUUGAAGAAGGUGUCCAGGUGAAAAAUGAUAUUAGAUACGUUGCAGGAAAUGCAGGAAUCACUAGAGCAGCAUUUAAAUAUUGUAAACGUAAAUGUAUUUUUAUUUUAGAAGUUCUUAAAACAACUGAUGAUGUAAUAGUUCUGUAUAAACCAAAAUUCAAUAAAGCUUUAAAUUUUUUGUUAAAAUAA